AUGAACAACAACAUCAAUGGUUGGGUAGAAGAAAGAGAAGGUGAAAACACCACUACUUCACCUUCAUCUUGGCCUAAUACCAACCCAAACACUCCUUCACCUGCUUCUACUUUACUCCAAAACAAACAACAUUUCGCUGCUUUCAAAACCAUGCUUGAAAUCGACGAUGAUGAUGAAUGGUACAUGAAAGACAUGGCUUUUCCGCCUAACUUAGAUACCGUUUUACUCAACACCGUUGAUUCCGUUUCUUCCUCUUCGUGUUCACCUUCUUCCACCGUUUUCAACGCACUUGAUCCUUCACUGUCCAAUCUUCAGUAUCUUCUUCCUCAAAAUCACAAACCCGUUGACACCCUUUCUUCUCUUCUCAACAACCCUUUUGAGAUUCCAUGUGAAGCUGGUUUUCUUGAACCUCAAGGUUCAGCAUUACCUCCUUCUCCAAAAAUGGGUAGUUUGGUUGAUUUCACAGCUACAGAGAUGAUGAGCUUGCCCCAUUUGGCUCAAACUAGCAAUGGCUUCAUGGGGUUUCAGAACUCGGAAGAGGGUUCUGGAAAGUCGCUGUUUUUGAACAGGCCCAAGGUUUUGAGACCGCUUGAUUCUUUGCCUCCUUCUGGAACACAGCCUACUCUCUUUCAGAAGAGAGCUGCACUCAGAAAAAACAUGGGCAAGGGUGAAAUUGGGGAAGGGAGUGAUAAGAAAAGGAAGUUCAGUGGUGGAGAUGAAAUUGAAGAUUUGAGUUUUGAUGGGUCUGGUUUGAACUAUGAUUCUGAUGAUUUCACUGAGGGUAAUCGCAAAACCCGUGGAAAUGCUUCCAAUGGUAACAGCGCUGUCACUAAUCAGAAAGGGAAGAAGAAAGGAAUGCCUGCUAAGAAUUUGAUGGCCGAGCGUCGCCGCAGGAAGAAGCUCAAUGAUAGACUCUAUAUGCUGAGGUCUGUUGUUCCAAAGAUUAGCAAAAUGGAUAGGGCUUCAAUUCUUGGGGAUGCAAUUGAGUAUUUGAAGGAACUUCUGCAAAGGAUCAAUGACCUUCAUAAUGAGUUGGAAUCAACACCUGCUGGAUCUUCACUAACACCAGUUUCAAGCUUCCAUCCGUUGACACCGACUCCAUCUUCGAUGCCGAGCCGUAUCAAAGAAGAACUAUGUCCCAGCUCAUUGCCAAGCCCCAAUGGACAGCCUGCCAGGGUUGAGGUUCGGUUACGGGAAGGAAGAGCCGUAAAUAUCCACAUGUUCUGUGCUCGCAAACCUGGUCUGUUACUUUCAACCAUGAGGGCUAUGGAUAGCCUUGGAUUAGAUAUUCAGCAAGCUGUUAUAAGCUGUUUCAACGGAUUUGCUAUGGACAUUUUCAGAGCCGAGCAAUGCAAAGAAGAUCAAGAUGUUCAUCCGGAGCAAAUCAAAGCAGUACUCUUGGAAUCAGCUGGUUUCAAUGGCAUGAUGUAA